ACCUCCGCCCCCUUCCUGGGGAGCUUUGAGCUGCCGGCCGGCGAGGCCUCCACGGUGGCGGGCAAGGUGGGCGAGGUGAUGCGCUCCUUCGGCAUCCCCACCAUGAAGAUCACCUGGCUCAGCGCCUCGCUGGUGGCCGAGCGGCUGAGCGGGGUGGGGACCGCGCUGACCGCGCUCUGCCCGCUCCUCACGGAGAUGCACUGCCCGUCCCACAGCAGCUCCCUGCUGCUGGCUGACAGCAUUGUCAGCAUCGAGUACCUCCAGAAGUACGAGACCACGGUGGAUGCCGUGUACAGGCUCUACUCCAGCUUUGGGGGGGAAAGCAAUGGCCUGCAGGAGCUGCGGAGCGUCCUGGACCUCUGCAAGAUAGACCUCGGGACCCCCAAAGCCAUCCACUGGACUUCUAUUUUCCCGGCCGUGGAAGCCAUUGAUUCCUCGUGGCCCACGCUGGUGCUGCUGCUAGAGAGCGAGGCAGAGCAGUCGCCCGUGGCCCAUGGCCUCUGCGAAGAGCUCAAGAAGUUCCAGUUUGUGGCCUUCACCAAGAUCCUCCUGGACGUCCUCCCCGUCUUCCAGAAGCUCAGCCGCUUCUUCCAGAUCGAGGACUUCGACCUCUCCAUCCUGAAGCCCAUUGUCUCUGCCACAGCCACCACGCUGCAGGCCCAGAAGAGCACCAGCGGCCGGAACCUCCAGGAGUUCCUCAACGAGAUGAAUGAGCACCCACAGGACGACCGGGAGGGUGAGAGCCGCCUCUACUACAAGGGUGUCGAGCUGGCCAACUGCUCCAAGGUGCACCUGAAGCACUUUGAGCGCCUGAAGGAGAGCUACCUGGAGAGCGUGCGGGGCAACCUGCUGGACAGGUUCCCCAGCAGCGUCCUGGAGGCCAUCAGCUCCUUCUCGGCCAUCUUCAACCCCAAGUGCUACCCGCAGUCUUUGGAGGACAUUGGCAGCUACGGGGUCAGUGAGCUGAAUUUCCUCCUGCAGGCUUACUCCCGAGUGGUGGUGAGCGAGAGGGCCCUCAGCGAUUUCCCCCUCUUCAAGCGGAUCGUCUUCAGCCUCAGCCAGCUCUCCUUCAAGGACCUCUGCGUCAAGCUGGUCUACAGCAACUCUGAGAUGCACGAGCUCUUCCCAGACUUUGCCGUCCUCGCGGCCAUCGCCUUGGCCUUGCCGCUGGGCUCAGUCCUUGCCGAGAAGAUCAGCCGGGGCCGGGAGCUGCUGAAG